UCGGUGUCGUUCCGAGAAUUGUGUUCUUAGUUUUUGAGGUUAGGAAUGAGCUUCGUCUUUAAUUUCUUCAAAAAUGUUGUUUUCAGAAUGUUAGAGGUAAUUUGGUUUGGAAAAAGGAAAAUUUCAAAUUCAUUGAGUAUUUACGUGAAAACCAAUACUGGAAACACACUUGCCCUUAAUCUUGACCCAAAAUGGGAUAUUCGAAAUGUCAAAGAAAUCGUUGCACCAAAAAUGGGUAUUUCACCAGAUAAUAUAAAAAUAAUUUUCGCUGGCAAAGAAUUACAUAAUUCCACCAUCAUUGAGGACUGUGAUUUAGGCCAACAAAGUACCUUGCAUGCAGUUCGUACACCACAAAGAAUAAUUAAAGCAAAUCGCUUAAAUAAUACGAUUGCCGAAUCUAUUUCAGAAUCUGAUUUAGACGAUAGCGGAGGUAGCAAACCAUUGAAUGAAACUCUUACCGACUUAUCUUUAGAUGAAUCUACCGAAGAAGAGCAAAAAGUAGAAGGACAAAGUAGGAAGGCACAUUUUUAUGUAUAUUGUUCGAUUCCUUGUAAGUCGGUAAAACCUGGUAAAUUAAGAGUUCGUUGUAAUAAUUGUGGGAGUGGUGCCGUAACUGUUGAUAAAGAUCCUCAGUCUUGGCCAGAUGUUUUAUUACCAAAAAGAAUUACCAUUCAUUGUGAAAAUCAAUUUUGUCCCACCUUGACCUCUGCCAAUGGAGACACAGAGUCACAAAUCAAUUUUGCCCAAUUUUUUUUCAAAUGUGCAAGUCAUACGAGUUUAGGCGAGAAAGACGAAGCCGUUCCAUUGUAUUUGAUUAAACCUAAUCUUGCAAAAAUUCCUUGCUUAGCUUGUACAGAUAUUAGGGAUACAGUUUUAGUUUUCCCAUGUGAAGCUGGACAUGUUACUUGCUUAGAUUGUUUUCGUGAUUAUUGUAUAGUUCGAUUACAAGAACGUCAAUUCAUUUUUGACAAUGAAACAGAAUAUUAUACUCUUCCAUGUCCAGCUGGCUGCGCAACUUCCUUUAUUCGUGAAAUUCAUCACUUUCAUCUUCUACCACCCGCUCAGUACGAACGCUAUCAUCGUUUUGGGACCGAAGAAUAUGUUCUUAAAGCAGGAGGAUUACUUUGUCCCCAACCAGAUUGUGGAAUGGGAAUUAUUCCUACUUUGGAUCAGGGAGAAGAUCAAGAGGAAUGUCGAAAAAUUCAAUGUAUUGGUGGUUGCGGUUAUGUUUUUUGUAGAAAAUGCUUACAAGGUUUUCACGUUGGUGAAUGCGAAAACCAACCCACAGUUUCAAGUGCAAAUUCUGGUCAAGGCUGCUAUUAUGUGGAUCCAAUGAAAGCCAAAAAUGCCAAGUGGGAUGAUGCCAGUAAAAAGACAAUACAAAUAUCCACGAAGCCAUGCCCAAAAUGUCGUACUCCGACUGAAAGAGACGGCGGUUGUAUGCAUAUGAUUUGUACAAGAGCAGGUUGCGGCUUUCAAUGGUGUUGGAUUUGUCAAACUCCUUGGACGCGAGAUUGCAUGGGUAAUCAUUGGUUUGGAUAAUCCAUAAGUUUCACAAUCAAUUUGCAUUCUUUUAUUUUCUAUGCAACUCGAUAAGCCGUUUCUUUGUUUUUUAUAAAAAUGGUCAU